UGGCCUGGGCGAUCCGACAGGAGAUCCAGACGACCUUUUAAAGGAGAACAACUUGGCGGAGAGCAUCAGCAAGCUGGUCAUCGACAGCGACCUGGAGGACCCGGCCAUCAUGAGGGCAGUGCCGUCCCACCCUCCGCUGCAGGCACCCCCUCGACUGAACUCGAGCAUGUGGGAAGGGCCCAUGGUGUUCGGUGGAAUCGGAAAUCCUUUUCUUUCCCACUUAGAGGACAGCCGGGCUCUGUCUGGCUCCAAAGAUUCCAUUCUGCCCAAGAAACCAGCCUUUGGACGUAACGAAGAGCGGGACUUGUCGGACCGAGCGCCCCCGCCCAGGUCCUCAUCCCCCGUGAUCGGGAGCCCUCCUGUGCGAACGGCCCCCAUCGGAACACCCCCCAAGCACGUGGGCCACACCGCCACCCAGCAGCCAUCCAUCCUGUGCCCCACCCCUGUCCGCGUGCGAGCUCCGAUUCACCAGCGAUUUUCGGCCCCCUUCAAUGAGCGGAUGUCACCAACUCAGCUGCUGAACGUUGCGAAUUCGUCACUACGUCGCCACCAUUUCCAGGGCAGCGUCACGCAAGUGCUGAAUCCACUUCUGCUUGGAACGGCCCAGCAGACGGGGAGGAUGUCACCCAGCCACUUUGCCCGAGUCCCAGGGUUAGUGGGGAACCCGCUGACGGCAAUGAACACCAGCCUGCUGCAAAGCAGGAUGGGACAGAUGAUGCCGCCCAUCACUGGUUUCCAGCCAUACUUCAGCCCGGCAGCAACUGGACACCUGCAAAACAUCAGGUCUUCCCAGUCCAUGUUCCGGGCAGACACCACCCACCUGCACCCCCAGCACCGGCGGCUCCUCAAUCAACGCCUCCAGCUGCAGAACUCCAGGAAUCAACACCGAGGUCAGAACUGCUCUGGAGGAGACAGGCACAGCAGGGGCAGCUACCACGAGCAGACGAAGAAAGACCCCUAUAGCAACCUGAUGACCCAGCGGGAGAAGGAAUGGGUCAGCAAGAUCCAAAUGAUGCAGCUACAGAGCGCUGACCCCUACCUGGACGAUUACUACUAUCAGAACUACUUUGAGAGGCUGGAGAAGAAGCAGGCUGCUCUGGACCUGAAUAACGAGGGCCCCAAGAAGGAGCGCAUGAAGCUGAUCACGCCGCAGGUGGCCAAGCUGGAGCAUAUCUACCGGCCAGUGCAGUUCGAGGGCUCCUUGGGGAAACUCACCGUGUCCAGCGUGAACAAUCCUCGCAAGAUGAUUGAUGCUGUGGUGACAACGCGCACCGACGAUGAUGAGACAAAAGAGAAGCAAGUGAGGGACAAGAGGCGGCAGACACUCUUCACCAUCGAGCGGACGUACAGCUUGGUGCUGGAGGUGCAGGACUUGGAGAAGAAGUUCCUGCAGGCAACUGAAGAGGAGCGGCCGGCCGUGCUGGAACACCGCAAGGCCAAGAUUGCGCAGAUGUACGAGAACCUGCGAGGCAAGCAGGCUGCCAGCACCGAGAGAGUCAGCGACGACCACUUUGUGCAGGUCAUGUGCAUCCGCAAGGGCAAACGACUGGCUGCCAAGGUCCUGCUGUUCCUCAGCACAGAGCAGGCUGCCAACGUGGUGUUAGCUACCGCCCGAAACCUCCCGUACCUGGUCAAGAAGGACAGCCAGGACGAGGUGCUACCCUGUCUGACUGAGGCCUGCUCCAUCCUGAUCAGUCGCCUCCCGUCCACUGCUCUCACAGAGCUCCUACAGCAGCUGACUGGAUCCGGUCCAUUUGGCCAACCUGGGAACCACUUCCCGAACAUCCUGCAGAACAAGUUCGGCCUGACAUUGUUCUACAUGAUUCUGAGCCAAGGAGAGAGGUUGCAGAGCUCGGAGGCUUCCAGCGAACUCAUGCAGGACAACCGGUGGACAGAGCUGGUGUUCGCUGUGAUCCGGGUAUUGCUGAAGCUCCCACCGGCAUCGUUGGCCAAACCGUCGUUCGUGCCCACAAAUCUCCUGGCACUUUUCUCUCAUUACGUUGACCGGCAGACACUGAACGCGCUUGAGUCCAAGUUAGAGUUGUCCGGGAAAACGCGGUAGAAGAGGGGAUGCUUUGGCGAAGACAUCAACCAACCGGCUGUCGGGCAGUGCCAUUCCUGGGUGGGCACAGUUCGCUGGUGACCCCCAAUUUGGGGAGGGGGGGAGGGGUGGGGGCACG